AUGUAUUCAGACUCUAGACUGCCCACCGCGGCAAAUCUCUGCCAACUCUCGGUUCUCCUCUUGGCAACGGCUUCAACGGCUUCUGGCUAUGUAGACCCUGCCGGGCCAGUUAUUACCUCGCCUCCUGAUGCGGGGGUUGUGUACUUGCGAGAUGGAACUCAGGAUGUAAGCUUCUGGGGUUAUAUAUCUGAGAGCGGAACUUACAACUGGCACUGCCGUUCGUCCAACCUCGGCAUCAACCUCUGUAUCGGUGUCUUCAGCCUCAGGUUCAUCAAGGGCGACCUCAUCCUCGACAAGCUCGUCCUCAUCAUCUUCCUCCUCAAGAAGUUCGACGUCUUCAUCUUCCACAUCUUCGUCGAGUAG